AGCUGCGCUUUGCAAAAGAAGGGGUCAUUCGCAAGGGACAGCGCACAGCUGCGGCCCCGGGAUCCUAACCUGGUGAUGCGAGGCUCCACGAGGCACUGACUUCUCCCCCAGCCUCGGUGGGGAGCGUCUGGAGCGAGUUUUCCCCCUAUCGGACAGGAAGGAGGCUGAGGACACUGACCCGAGUGAGCCAGGCAGGGAAGAGGCAGCGGGACUCCCCGGGAAAAGGCUAAGGGGGUCGGCAGACCUGGAUUCCGGGCUCCGGCGGAGGGGUUUUCUCAGCCGAUCACUGAGUCUACAGCUGAAGGGACCCGCGGGAACCCUGAGUAGAAGGGUUCUCACGCCGGGUGAGAAGGACUGGGGAGGGACCGGGGCCAUCGAGGAUGCGGGUUCUAUUGGGCAGCUGCGGGAGCCCACUCCCACCUCCCCGACUCGGGACGAGAAAGGGGUCCACCAAAUGGGAUCUGGCACCCUAGGAGUGAGUGGGCCGAUGACCUCUGGAGUGAGGGGACUUUAAAUGAGGUCCGGAAGAAAUUAGGGACUCCGAGGGCAUCUUCUCGCUCCGACCAGGGACACAGAGGGGACUCUAGCUAUUCGGAAAGGGUGGGAUUUGGGGGGUCUAGGCCACCUCCCUCCCGACCCUCCUAAAUCCUGGAUAGCGGGGACCCGCGAAGGAGGACGCGGGGUCCCCAGUCCGGAACCGAGCUACCUUGAAGGCACCAGCAAGCGCUUCAUUCCGGGAGGGCGUUCCCGCGGCCCGGCCCCACCGCCGGGGUGGGUGGGGGGCUGCGACCGCGCCCGUGCCCCGGACCGCACCGGGAUUAGGGGUCUCCCUUGCCCCCGGGAAGCCUGGAGUCUGGCGGGAGGGGGUCCCGGCGCCCCCGCCUCCGCGGGCGCCCGGGCGCGCGGGCGAGAGCGGGGCUUUAUGCAAGCAGGGCGGCGGGGGGAGGAGCCGGCAGGUCGGCCCACGGCGGGCCCUCCCCUCGGCCGUCCCCGCCCGCCCGCCCGAGCGGGGUCGGGGGAGGGGGCAGCAUGGCCUGUCCGUCCGGCCCCCUUCGCCGCGCUCCUCAUCUGCCCCGCGCCGAGCGCCACCGCCGCCGCCGCCGCCGCCGCUCCGCUGCCCGCGCCGCCCGCGGCUCCCGAUGGAGACUGACGCGCCCCAGCCCGGCCUCGCCUCCCCGGACUCGCCGCACGACCCCUGCAAGAUGUUCAUCGGGGGACUCAGUUGGCAGACUACGCAGGAAGGGCUGCGUGAAUACUUCGGCCAGUUCGGGGAGGUGAAGGAGUGUCUGGUGAUGCGUGACCCCCUGACCAAGAGAUCCAGGGGUUUCGGCUUCGUCACUUUCGUGGACCAGGCGGGGGUGGAUAAAGUGCUGGCGCAGUCGCGGCACGAGCUCGACUCCAAAACAAUUGAUCCCAAGGUAGCCUUUCCGCGAAGAGCCCAGCCCAAGAUGGUGACUCGAACCAAGAAGAUCUUUGUAGGGGGUCUCUCGGUGAACACCACGGUGGAGGACGUGAAGCAGUAUUUUGAACAGUUCGGGAAGGUGGACGACGCCAUGCUGAUGUUCGACAAAACCACCAACCGGCACCGAGGGUUCGGGUUUGUCACGUUUGAGAGCGAGGACAUCGUGGAGAAAGUGUGUGAAAUCCACUUCCAUGAAAUCAACAACAAAAUGGUGGAAUGUAAGAAAGCCCAGCCAAAGGAGGUGAUGUCGCCCACUGGCUCAGCCCGGGGAAGGUCUCGAGUCAUGCCCUACGGAAUGGACGCUUUCAUGCUGGGCAUCGGCAUGCUGGGUUACCCAGGUUUCCAGGCCACAACCUACGCCAGCCGGAGUUACACAGGUCUCGCCCCUGGCUACACCUACCAGUUCCCCGAAUUCCGUGUAGAGCGGACCCCUCUCCCGAGCGCCCCAGUCCUCCCCGAGCUUACAGCCAUUCCUCUCACUGCUUACGGACCCAUGGCGGCGGCAGCAGCGGCAGCAGCUGUGGUCCGAGGGACAGGCUCUCACCCUUGGACGAUGGCUCCCCCCCCAGGUUCGACACCCAGCCGCACGGGGGGCUUCCUGGGGACCACCAGCCCUGGCCCCAUGGCUGAGCUCUAUGGGGCAGCCAACCAGGACUCGGGGGUCAGCAGCUACAUCAGUGCCGCCAGCCCUGCCCCCAGCACUGGCUUUGGCCACAGUCUUGGGGGUCCCUUGAUUGCCACAGCCUUCACCAAUGGGUACCACUGAAGCAGGGGACAGGUGGCAGGAGCCCCCAGCCUGCAGCUGACUGAGGACCACGCGUGAGCCAGCGAGGGGGUGGGGACACCUCAGCCGCAGCCGCCGCCCCCUCCCCCGCAGCGACUCGGACGCUACUGCCUGCCCCCCACUCCCCU